AUGAGUAGUAGCCUGUGCGAAAAACGAAUCGAGAAUAUUGUGGUGAGUUGGCAAACUUGGAAAAAAACAUUUUUGAACUUUUUUUAGGCCCAAGUAACCGAUGGAAGCGGACAAUUUUACGUGGUCCGCACGGAGCCGAUACCGUCGAAAACGUGUUUCGAUGUGACGCUCAAGACGGUAAUUUUAGUGUUUUGCUCGUAGAAACACUUGGCACUUGAUAUGAAAUCUAGUCAAGAGGUCUUCCAGUACGGAGUGCCGUCUGUCGAGCACGUCGUCACCGUCGCCAUCCCGAAAAACUACCCGUUUUCGCCGCCGACGAUCACGGCGAAAUCCGACAGAAAGAUGCAGUUCAAAUUUCUCAAAAAGAACCGCUAUCGGCCGAGCAUGAGCAUCAGCGAAGGUCGGUUUGUUGCGGGCGGCGGCGCGCACCCGCACUCUCCUCAUCGCCCUCGGUCGCCGCGUUAUUUCAGCGGCCGGAUGGUCUAGGGGUAUGAUUCUCGCUUCGGGUGCGAGAGGUCCCGGGUUCGACUCCCGGUUCGGCCCAAACCGUUUUGCCUUUUUUGUUUUGCAUAAUAAACGGUCUCCGGGUGGCCCGAGACCACAAAACAACCGGAUUUGUGAUAAAGAUACGAAAAAUAAGCUGAAUGUUGUAAUAAUCCUGGUUAUCCGGCUCUAAAAACAGAUUUUUGGGAGGAAAACAAAUAAAUUUCUGCAAAUAUUGUCCAUUUCAGUGCUCGUCGAAGCGUGCCACGUGCUUUCGCGUCAGGACCUCGUCGCUCGUCGUCCGAUCCUUCCGCCCAUCCGUCCGCCCGUUCAGCAACCCGCCAAGAUCCAGAAAUCCUCACCGAAAUCUGAAUAA